ACCAUAUAAGGCACCUACCUAGGUAACUUAGGAGUUACUGCUUGGCCACAUACAUCCCUUAGGACUGCGGCAACGUUCCUGAGAAAAUUCAACACCACGAAAUCACCACUGAAGGCAGAAUGGACUUCAAUUAACUGAGACACGAGCCGUAUUCAGCAGUGAAACAGCCAGCUAAUUUGGAGCACAUUUUCAGCCGGUGCAAUGUUUCUUUUCAACCACCUACAUUUCUGUUGACGACACAAUGUUUUUUCUACCAACGCCAACAGGGUGCACCGGUUACACAUUUACAGUAGUAUUCCACAAUAUUCAACCAGAUGACAGUCUUUCCGACGGUUUCUUGCCUCAUCACGAGCAAGUAUGGAGCACAUGAAAGACUCCCGGGCACACCUGCCCUCGGCCAUCCUAGAGGUCUCCCAAUCCCAACUACAGCCACUCUCCGCCUCGGUACUUCUUGAUCAGGAGCUCGCUAGGAAGGCACGCCUCCGAAGGAAGGGCAAUUUGAUGACUGGGUGCAAUGAACUCGACGAUUACGUCUUGCUCGGAGGGUUUGAGCGGGGGUCCGUCGUUGGGCUGAGCGCCGAGGAGGAAGAACUAGGGCUGUCUAUCGGUCUUCAAACCAUCGCCCGUAUGCUAGCCAAGGGACCCGGCAAAGCAUUGAUCAUCACUACACUGCCAAGGACCGUGGUGUUGUUGAAGUUGCAGAAGGUGCUAGCCAGUCAGCUAAAGGAUCCAGGAGGCGGCAAACAGAAAAUCAAGGGGUGCCUUGAGAGGAUCUUCAUUACCACCGUAUUCAAUAUCAAAGGGCUCUGGGAUGCUCUCCGUGAGCUGGAGACAGCUGCUCAAGCAGCCGGUACGGAAGUGCCGCAAGCUUCUGCUACUCAAGACAGGAAACCCGAACCCGAAAUGGACGCCCCGGAAUCCGGGCAACGGACCCGGCAGCGGACCGAAGUUCAAGACACCGAAGGCAAAGUCGGCUUCCACCCUACAGAAUCACCUCUCCCUCAGGAGCCAAACGAGAGUGGUGCCUGGCAUGAUGACUUUCCUCGAUCCGCCCUCCCGGACAUUAUCCUCAUCACAAACAUUUCCUCGAUCCUCUCUGUCCUCUUCGCCUCCUGCGACAAGCCAACCGCACACGACACUGCGCUCCUCCUCUCAUCCCACCUGCAUUUCCUCAGCCGUUCUCCCGCCUACAACGACCCCUUGAUCAUACUCCUCAACUCCACGACAUCCCCGUUCUCUCAGGCCUUCCACGACGAUGCUGUCACUGCCACCGACACAGCCACCACAAUAGGCGAGCCGUUGCGGCAAGUUAUGAAGCGCACAGAGCCGACGCUCAGCUCAAUCUUCGAACCCACAGCGGCACAACAAGCGGCUGCUCAUUUGCCUGGGCAACAGCAACAACCUAGACAGCGAAACAGACCGUUGUUUGGGCAAGUCUUUGCGCAAAUGCUGGAUCUGCACCUACUCUGUACGCGUGUGCCAAGAACGAAGGAAGACGCCGCUGCUGCUGCCGCCGGUGUGGGGUCUGGGUUUGUAUCCCAAGUUUGGGUGGUGGAGGUGCUACUGGAUGAGAUCGGGGUGUACGAGAGGCUUGAGGCUGAGGAAAAUGGCGCGUUGGGCUCGAGGAGGAGCAGAGAGCAGAGGUGGGCUGCUGUGGAUGUUGAUGAGGUUGGGGACGGGAGGGUUGUGGAUGCUUUCAGGGGGUAGUCAACAAACCCGGGAAUGAGAAAGAUGGAUGACAGCAGGGCACGAAUAACCUCUUUUUACUA